UAACCAUUUCAGACGAGAGAGCGAGAGGAAAUAGAAGGAUUGUCUCCGAACUAAAGAUUGAAACGGAAAGCUUUUCAAGUCAACUCUUAACAAACCAAUAAAGAAAAACAUUUAGAAGUUUUUGGAAUUGUCAAGAAAAAAAACAACAAACAAUGAGUGAAAGCGGUAUGCCGUCGACUUCUGCUUGUGAACAACAAGCCUUAGAAAGAGAGACCCUAAAGCUCCAACGGAUCCUGAAAGAAGUCAAUAGGAUGUCAAUAGAGAGACAGACUCUAAUAAAAUCAAAUGAGGAGUUGAGGAUCCAACUUACAAACAUACAAAAAGCCACGGUUGAGAAAGACAUGCUGCUUAGCGAGAAAGAGGAGGACUUUAAAAAGGUGUUCGACCUCAACAAAAUUUUAAAAGAGGAAAACAACAAACUGGAGCAGAAAACUACCGACUUGGGCCAGAAAAACACUGCCCUGGAGAUUGAAAAAACUGCCCUGGAGAAGGAAAAAACUGCUGUAGGGCAGAAAAGCACCACCCUUGAACAAGUAAACGCUGCUCUGGAAAAGGAAAAGACCAAUCUGGAACAGAAAAUCGCCACCCUGGAGCAGAAGAAUAGUGCCUUGGAGAGAAAAAACACUGCCCUGGGUCAGAAAAGCACCACCCUGGAGCAAAUAAUCACCACGCUGAAGGAGGAAAACACCGCCCUUCAGGGUCUGGAAAACACUGCCCCAGAGAAGGACAAGACCACCCUGGAGAAAACAGAGUGUUUUUCUUUUUCCUUAGAAAAGGAAAAACAUACCCUGACGCAGAAAAACAGCACCCUGGAGACAGAAAAAACUGCUCUGAAGCAGAAAAUCACUGCCUUGGAAAUGGAAAAAAAUACCCUGGAGCAGGAAAAAACUGCCUUAGAGCAAAAGAAUAGUGCCCUGGAGGAGGAAAACACCACACUGGAGGAGAAAAUUACUACCUUAGAAAAAGAAAACCAUACUCUGGAGCAUAAAAAAAAUUAUAUAAAACAUAAAAAUAUCACCCUUGAGCAAGUAAAGUUCGCCCUGGAGAAGGAAAACUACGCCCUGGUGGAUGAAAACAGGACCUUGGAGAAGAGAAUGGCCACCCGGAAGGAGGAAUGUACCGCACUGUCGGAGAACAACGCCACAUUGGAGCAGGAAAUAUGUGACUUAGAGAAAAGAAUUGAAGCCCUGGAGCAGGAAAACUCCAGACAGUGGCACAAAAACACCUCUCUGGAGCAGGAAAAAACUGCUCUGGAACAGAAAACCACCACAAUGGAGCAAAUUACCACUGCCUUGGAGCAGAAAAUCGCCGCCCUGGGUCAGAAAAACACUGAACUGGAGCACGAAAACACUGCCCUUCAGGGUCUGAAAAACAAUUCCCUGGAGAAGGAAAUGACCAACCUGGAGCAGAAAAUCACUGCCUUAGAAAAGGAGAGAAAUACACUGGAGCAGGAAAAUACUGCCUUAAAGCAAAAGAAUAGAGCCCUGGAGCAGGAAAACACCACACUGGAGCAGGAAAACACCACACUGGAGCAGAAAAUCACUUCCUUAGAAGAGGAAAUCAAUACUCUGGGGCAUAAAAAAAAUUAUAUAAAACAUAAAAAUAUCAUCCUUGAGCAAGCAAAGUUCGGCCUGGAGAAGGAAAACUACGCCCUAAUGGAUGAAAACAGGACCUUGGAGAAGAGAAUGGCCACCCGGAAGGAGGAAUGUACCGCACUGUUGGAGAACAACGCCACCUUGGAGCAGGAAAUAUGUGACUUAGAGAAAAGAAUUGAAGCCCUGGAGCAGGAAAACUCCAGACAGUGGCACAAAAACACCUCUCUGGAGCAGGAAAAAACUGCUCUGGAACAGAAAACCACCACAAUGGAGCAAAUUACCACUGCCUUGGAGCAGAAAAUCGCCGCCCUGGGUCAGAAAAACACUGAACUGGAGCACGAAAACACUGCCCUUCAGGGUCUGAAAAACGAUUCCCUGGAGAAGGAAAUGACCAACCUGGAGCAGAAAAUCACUGCCUUAGAAAAGGAGAGAAAUACACUGGAGCAGGAAAACAAUAAACUUGAACAGGAAAAAACUGCUCUCGGACAGAAAAGCAACACCCUUGAGCAAGCAAACACCGCCCUGGAGAAGGAAAACACCGCCCUGAAGCAGUUAAACAUUGCCCUGAAGCAGGAAAACAACGACCACGGUCAGAAAAACAACUCCUUGGAGCAGGAAAAAACUGCUCUAGGGCAGAGAAACACCACCCUGGAGCAGAGAAACACCGACAUGGCACAGAAAAUCACUGUCUUGGAAAAGGAAAGAAUUACCCUGAAGCAGGAAAUCUUUACUUUAAAGCAGGUAAACGACAUCUUGGAAGAGGAAGGCAACUUUUUUGAGCGUGAAAAAAUCUAUUUUGAGGAGAAAUACCUCUUUUUGGAGCAAAUAAACGCGGCCCGGAAGCAGAAAUGCGCUGCUCUGGAGCAAAAAAGCUCAGCAUUGGAAAAAAUAAUCGACGCCUUGGAGCAGGAAAAGGCUGCCGUGGAGGAGAAAAGCGCUGCCUCGGAGCAUAUGCGCACUGUGCUGCAGCUUGAAUUAGAAAAUCUGAACCAUUGUAUGAGGAAAAAAAUGGAACAGCAGAACCAGGAGACAUCAGAAGAAGAAACCCAGGAAAACAUCCAGCCAGUUUCAGAACAGCCACAAGAGCAGGCGCCUAUAUUGAAACGUGCGAUCGGAGGCUGUAUUGACACUCUCAGAUACUGGACUGAAAUAUUCUACUUUUAAGUAAAGAAGUGUCAUAAGGGCUCCAGGCUUCACACUUGAUUAUCGGUGGCAGUGGAAUGGACAACAGGAGGACAACAGGACUGCGGUGUCAGGGGAAGCUUGACACUAGGGGGCUGAUAGCGGAAGAGCUUAAUGCUUGAAAGAUGUUGGCAGGAGAGCUUGAGGCCCGCUGGACUGCUGAGUCCAUACCGAGUCCUGUUGGUCUCCAGGCUGACCUCCAGGGCUUUGUAGCGAGUCCUGUCGUUCUCCUGGCUGACCUCCAGAGAUUCGUAGCGAGUCCUGUUGAUCUCCUGGCUGACCUCCAGAGAUUCGUAGCGAGUC